GUUUCAUACCUCCUCGUUCACAUCGUCAAUAUCUCAUUGCUAACUGCGUGUCCAAUCAAGGCCCUUUGGCACCAUCGCGUUGUGUCCACUAUUUCGCCACUCGCCGGACUCCGUUCACAAUGAGGCAUCGAGACUGUGAAAUACUCAUUACAUGCGACGGCAAGGCGCUCGACGAGUACAAUGUCGAAGCGGAGGAUAACGUCAUCGAGUGUUAUGUAGCGAGCGAAUCUGGUCAGACAUUUGAGAUCAAGUGUAGCAACCAUUCCUCGGCGUUUUUGGUGAUGCGUACUGCCGUCGACGGUCGACCAUUCCCUCGGCCGAAGUCCACGAAUGCGGGUGAUACUAACGUUACUCUGCGGUGCGAACAUGGUGUUGACAAGUCCGAGAGACUGAUGUUCGAGAGACUCUGCAUCACAGAUGACGAUGCUGCUGCGAAAGUUUUGAGCCAUGGUGAUCACCUCGGUCUAAUUGAGGUCUGCGUUGCUCGUGCGAUACGGAAGGAGGACCGACCUUGGAAAGCUUCGUCGAUCACGGCGCGGAAUAUCGGACCCAUUCAUGAGACUGCCAAAAAAGGUGGAAUGCACUGUGUCUCCUUUGGAGACACGCAGCCAUACCCAAUACGCAAGACAAUAGUUGACGUCACGUAUAUAGACAAGUGGACCGCGCCAUACAUCACUUUCAAGUUCCGCUAUAGACCUCAUGCGAUUCUUCAGGCACAAGGUAUCGUGGAAGCAAUCCAGCCUCCACGCAGUGGCCCGUCUGGCUCCUCAUCACGCGCACGAGAUACCCCAUCGCCAGCGCCACCUCAGGCGGCCAGUUCAGUUUCGCGGCGUGAACGACAAGAUGAUGCUUCGCAGUCGGAGCCACCUCGCAAACGACUUCGUCGGGAUGGCACUUCAUCGUCUUCGGAGUCGGGUUCCCGCAUGGAAGAUCUUCUAAGGGCAGAUGAUACAGAGGACGCAAAGCCGCUCAGAACCAAGGGUGAGGACGACGAUGGUGCAGAAAGUCUCAAUGCACUCGAGGCUCAAAUGGAGGCCUUACGGCAGAAGAUUGACCGAGCCAGAGCGCAGAACGGUCAAGGUAGCCAAUUUCGCGUCGUCAAGAGGGAACCAUCUCCCAUUCUCGUCGGUCAUUUCAACGGCGGCAUCAUAGACUUAACGGAAGACUGAGAUCUUGGGCGUACCCCGCGAAGCAGUCUGCUCACGCGACGGGGGCGCCUGGUCCUACUCGAACGUCGGACUCGUCUCGUAACUUACUUGAGCUUAAUAGAUUCUACGAAGAUACGUUCCGUGCCCUUGUACACCUCCUGUACAUCUACUAUCGUCCGAGUCUAACUCGAUGAGGGUGUUGCUAGCGAGUUCGAGUAUGGCAAGGUAUGUUUGUGCAGAGCGAAGUCAUGAUUUUCGAUAAACCUUUCGGAUAACAUU